AUGGAAGCACCUCAUCGCUGGACAUCACGGGUGACGUUCCCUUCUGCUCCUAGAUCAAAUGACAACUUGGAAGAACCGCAUCGCCUCCAUCCUUCCCAGCAAAACCGCGGGCGUUCAGAGCACCCAGCAUCGCCGCCUUGGUCACUUUCGCCGCAGGCGACCAGUGCCGCCAACCUACCUCCUACGUCUUCACCAACGCAGUCUUCUUCAGAACUCUGCGGCCCAAGCAGGGUUCUUGAACAAUUGAGCGCAUUGCCUCCCGCGCGGCAGCCAAGACCGCAAGUCACCCGUAGGGCACCAAGCCCAAGUCCAUCCGUACGGUUUGACGAAUCUCAGCUGGCGAGUUUUGCAGCUGCCAACUGUGCUCGAAUGGACGCUUUCAAAGACGAGUUGGCUCUUGCUGCCGGCAAAGUUACGCCUGGCGUGGAUGACACCCCUUAUAUACAAUAUGCCCUGGAAGCCUUGACGCGAGAUCGCGAAAGCUUUAACAACACCCAGGCGCCGCCCCUCCCGUCGCCCCGCUCAGAGAGAUGCAGCAGCAGCAGUGCAAACGCGCCACGGAGCUCGAGAUUCAUGGUCCCAGGCUUCGCAGCAGGCAAAUCACCCCAAACGGCGCCGGAAACGCAACGUGAAUCUGCUUCUGCCGUCUAUGCUCCGCCUCGGGCUCGCAAGUCUGACCUCCAACCUGCCCAGACCACAAUUCGCACCAGGCAGCAGACACCGCCGCGGUUCAAAGAGUAUCAAAGGCUGGCAAUGACGGGUCAAUGGAUACCCGUUGACAAGAACAUGCUCCAGACGAUUGACCCUCGAGGGCGUACCUAUGCACCACUGACGUUUAAACCGCGAAUCCUGCGACCGUUUUCCAUGCUUACCUUGAUGAGUUUAUGCGCGCUGAUGAUGGCGGGACUGGUUUUUUGCAACGUAUACUCGCAGAAGCACCUCGGCCUGACGCCCUACCCAGGCAGCAUCUACUCGAGCCAAUAUUUCGUCUUCCGCAUCUUGCCGCAGCUUUUGGCCGGCAUCAUCCUCCUGUACGCCCAAAACAUAGUCUCGGCCUCGCUGCGGAUCGCGCCCUUUGCAUCCAUGGCCAAGGAGGACCCGCAAGAGCGGUACUUGGCGCUGUUCCAAAACCUGUACCCCAAAUCGUUUCUGCUACCGCAGCUUAUGAGCGGCUCGUGGCAGCUCUGGGUCUUUGGCGUCAGCACGUGGCUGAUGAACUUUGCCAUUCCGUUGCAGAGCGCGGCCUUCACCUGCGUAUACACGGACGACGCAGACAGGUGGAACUGGGCGGCCUCAGAAGCAGUGGUGUGGACACUGGUCGCGCUGUACGCCACUCUUCUCAUCACGACGUGCGUCUUGAUGACGUUUUGGUUUGGGCACUGGACUGGGCUGAUCUGGGAUGCGCGGUCCCUCGCGGACCUGAUCCCCCUGCUUAACCGGACCAAUACCCUGGGCAGCUAUCGCCACAAGGGCCCAUACGAGCGCAGCCGCGACUGCAGGGCCGAGCUUCGUGAGCGGUGGUUUGACAGGCUGGGGUACUGGCAGACGGAGGACAUGACUACGAGGGGCAUCUGGCACACCAUCGGCACUUCGGCCAUGCUUCCUGACCAGGAUGCAGCAGCGGAUAUCAGCUUCGGCGGCGGCCAUGAAGCAAGACCAGAGCGCGGAAGCAACGAGCUCUCGGUCGGCUCUCAUCUGACCGGCUCGCCGGCGCUGCUGGAGCUGCAAGGCGCAAGGUACAUGCCUUGGUGUCUCCGAGACGUCCCGCUGGUCAUGUUUGCCCUGGUGACGGGCAGCCUGCUCCUGGCGCUCCUCACCGUGUCCUUCCUGCCGCAGACGAGGCUGGAGGCUGGAUUCCCGCCCCUCGUCUCGGCGAAGCCCGGCGACUCGGCCUUUUCCGCGGCCAACUUCCUAUACAGCUUCCUGCCAGCCGCUCUGGGCAUGGUCCUGUUCUCGCUGUUUCAGAGCACGGACACGGCGCUGAGGAUCCUCCAGCCCUGGGGCGAGCUGGCCCAGCCGGACGGCGCCGCGGCCAGCAGAUGCAUCCUGGCCGACUACGCGGCCUGCCUGCCCUUGCAAGCCACGUGGGCGGCCCUGCGCAACGGGCACUGGCGAGUGGCCGUCGUGUCCCUCAUGGCCCUCGUCUUCAUCUUCAUACCCAUCCUCGGCGGCGGCCUGUUGAUGGCGCUGACCUCGCCCGCCCAGCAGGUGCGCAUGUAUCCCCACAUGCCCGUGUUCGGGGUCCUCCUCGCCCUGCUCGUCCUCUACGUGGGCUGUCUGUUUCUCCUCCUCCCCCGGCGCAGGCAGUUCGGCCUCCCGCACGCGGUGGACAACCUCGCCUCCCUCAUCGACUUUUGCACGGCAGAGGACCUCGUCGAGGACGCGGCCUUCCGGUCCGUGCUCUCCCGGGACGACCUGCAGACGCGGCUGGGCGUCGGGCGCGGCGACGGCCGCGAAGAGAGCGUCUGGUUCUUUGGCAUCUCAGCCGGCCGCGACGAGAAGCGGCUGAGCGUGCGACGGAUGGAUCGCUACACCGGCAAGAUGAAUUCGACGAGGCUCAUGGCUUCAAUGGUAUGA